ACCGGGCUGAAAUGUUAUGCGACCAGUUUUCUAUAAUAUAAUCUUGCUUUAAUUCAGUGAUCGAAGUUAUAUUAACCUAUUUUCGAAUGAUGUGGUAGAAUUCUACCCUUCGAAUUUCUGCUGUUAAAUUUGCACUUGUAGACACAUUGCAGCAUUUUUUUUCUCACGUGAGAGCUAAUGGAAGUCUCUUUGAAGAUGUCAAAAACCUUGAUUUUACAAAUCUUUAUAGUUGUAAACAUUUUAAUGUGCACCGCACUUAGAUCAGCUGCUAGGGAAAAGAAAGCCAAAUGCCCAACGUGUAGAGACAUCGUAGAAGCUUUCAAGAAGGGAAAAGAAAAAACAGCAAAAGCUAACUUUGGUGGUGGAAACACAGAUUGGGAAGAGAGGAAACUUGGAAGCUAUGCAAACAGUGAAACCAGACUAGUUGAAAUUAUGGAAGGACUUUGUGAAGAUAGUGCUUCAGAGUGCCAUGCAAUGGUUGAAGAACAAGAAGAAACAUUAGAGGAAUGGUGGUUUACCCACCAGUUUAAAAAUGAUGACAUGAAUACUUGGUUUUGCAUUGACAAGUUAAAAGUGUGCUGCCCUAAUGGCACUUAUGGUUCAGAUUGUAAAGAAUGUUCAGGAGGAAAAGAUACUCCUUGCAAUGGCCAUGGAAAAUGUGAGGGUGACGGCACAAGGGAAGGAACAGGAAAUUGCUCAUGUGACAGCGGGUAUGAAGGUGACUUAUGUGAUGAGUGCGAGGAGUUGUAUUUCGAGGAGCAAGAUGAAAAUUCUAAGCCUAAAUGCACCGCGUGUCACGAGUCUUGUGCAGACAGUUGCUCUGGCGGCUCACCCAAAGACUGUGAGAAAUGCAAAGAAGGCUGGGAUAUGACAGACGAAGAUGGAUGUAAAGAUAAAAAUGAAUGUGAUGAAGAACAUAUCUGUGGAGAGGGACAGUAUUGUGUGAAUAAUCCAGGAUCUUUUGUUUGUAAAGGCUGCGAUGAUUCUUGUGAAGGCAACUGCACUGGGGAGGGUCCAAAGGGAUGUCUUGAAUGUGCCAGCGGUUAUGUUAAGAAUGACGAAGAAGAAUGUAAAGAUGUGGACGAAUGUUCCGAGAAUUCAACCAUCUGUACCAGCGGAAAAUUUUGUGAUAAUACCCCUGGAUCAUUUGUUUGUCGUUCCUGUCACUCUGCUUGUGAGACUUGUAUCGGAGAGGGGUCUCGAGGUUGUACAAAAUGCAACGCUGGGUAUCAGAUGACCGAGAAUGAAUGUAAAGAUAAGGACGAAUGUUCCUCAGACGAACACAGCUGCGACCGAGAAUCAGAAAAAUGCCGAAAUAUGCCGGGUAGUUUCACCUGCGAUUGUCAGAAAGGCUUCAAACGUGAUGGGGACAAAUGUGUGAAAAAGAAAGCAGUUGUGAAGCAUGAAGAGGAGCAGGAGGAAGAUGAUGACGAGGACGAUGAAAAAGAAAAGGAUAAUAGCAAAAGUGACUCCAGCGAGAAGGAGGAAUUAUGAAACAAUUCUUUUGUAAAAUUGUAAGGGAAUUUAGAAAUAAAUUAUUUAUUCAAUUCUUAACAAA